AUGGAAAAUGUUUGUCUUCCAUCGGGAAAAAAGCUGAAGGACUUGAAAGUGGUCGCCUUACAGAAAGAGCUUGGAAAGAGAAGGCUGUCCAAAGUUGGAAAGAAAGUGGAAUUAAUCGAACGCCUGGCUCGUGUUUUGAAUGCUGAGAUCCUUGAUGAUGAAGAGACAGAAGAGCUUGCCGAACAGAGCAAGGAAACCAUAAUAAUUACUAACGAUGUUGAGGAAGUAGAGAACUCACGAAAACUACAUGAGGAUGAGCAGAUGGUAGAUGAUGAACCAAAAGCGAAAAGCGAAAAUGAGAAUGAGAAUGAGAAUGAUGAGCCGAAAGUGAACUAUGUAGAUGAAGCCUCAUUCUUAUCGAAUGACUCCGUAGUUGAAAUAUCGCCAAUCGUUUCGAAAACCCCUAUCAGAAAGUUGUCGGUGUCUGCUAAAAAAAAGAGAAAAAGCUCCACUCCAAGAUCAACGGCACCUACACCUAAAACGCCACUUGUUAGCAAGUCAAAGUUGGGGUCAGAGAAACGAAAAACAAAAACGCCACCAUCGGUUCGUGAAGAAGUUGACACAAUGGAAGAAUCUGAGUUUCUUUCUGAUGAUGGCAAGUCCCCCUCAUCUUCGUUAUCACCUGUUUCUUCAGAUGAUUUUGUACCUGUAGCAGUAGAGGAGACGAAGAGAGUUCAGAUUACCGAACCAGUACUAGAGACUGUUGAGCUCAAAGGUUUAUUGAAGAAGAAGAUGAGAAAACAAUCGAGAACGCCUCUGUUAGGAUCCAUCAAGGUAUGCACUCCUGCUUCCGAGAAAAGGAAAUCUAUUAAUAAGUCUAUCAAUACUAAUAAAACUCCCGAUCGUCGAGCGAGCAAAAAACUAACAAACAGUUCCGUUCUCGGCUUGUCUUCUGCUUCGAAGGCGAUAAAAAAAGGAAGCAAAGGACCCGCUCGCUUUACGCAACAACACGCCAAGGAAUUCGAGAAAAUGGAAACAAUUGCCGACUACAAAGACAAAAUAAAAGCGAGACAUGACGAUAUGACCGCCCAAGUUCCAGAUUUUGUCAAAAGAUUGGCCACUCCUAAGUCGGCCAAAGUUGUACGAAGUCGAUUGCCAAACGUAGAGAGAAACUCGAAAACCGUAGAGAAACAACCAAAAAACGCUUUGAGCAAUGUUGAUCCUUUGAAGAAAAUUGAUUUGAACACUUUCAAAUUUGGCAACGUUCCCGCUAAAGACAUCAAAUCUGUGCAAAAUAAAACAUCUGUGAAGUUUACUGCUAAGAGUAAUUCAGUCCAUACUAAUCAAGAAAGAGGAGGAAACAAACCUGACGUCAAACAACUAACCAAAGCCUUACAACUGACAAUUCCUAUUCAAAAUAGACGUCUGGAAUUCCUGAGUACUCCAAAAUCUUUAAAAUCCAAUUCAAAACAAUCUCGCGUAGGAUAUACGCCACGUAAAGGAGCAGUUAAGUUCGUUGAUACUUCAAAGUUAAGCGAUGAAGAAUUUGCCAUCGCAGUGAAGGGCGGCUUAAUUCCAAAAAGCUCGAGAGUCGUUGCUGAGUAUAACAGAGCCAUCAAGACUGACCAGCUGUUGGAUAUUAAGAGGAAAUUGAAACUUAAUUGA